AUGGAUCAGGAGGUGAUCAUGGCGACGCCACCGCUGCCGCCGCCGCCUCGGGCGAGGUGCGUCGUCCGCCUCAAGCUGCCGCCGGCGUGGACGCCCGAGGAGGACGCGCGGCUGCAGCGCCUCGCCAAGGAGAACGGCUUCCGCCGCUGGAGCCGGGUCGCUAGGAGCAUGCCACGCCGCUCCGCCAGGUCGUGCCGCGACAGGUGGCGCCACCACCUCGCCCGCGACGUCUACCACCGCCCCUUCACCGCCCGUGACGACGACGAGCUCCUUCGCCUCCACUACCGCCUCGGCGACCGCUGGAAGGAGAUCGGCCGCGCCGUCUACGGCCGGACCUCGCGCAUCAUGAAGCACCGCUGGAGGGAGCUCCGGCGCAGCGGCUUCCCGCUAGCUGCCACCGCCAGGAAGGUGCAGGCGCUCGACAUGGUGGAAAGCGAAGUGGAGGAGUCAGACCAGUCGCUGCCGCCGCCAGAGUUGCAGCGUUCUUUGGCGGACGCUCUUGCCUCGAGCUUCGGUUAUUGUAGCCUUGCCAACGAGCACGCGAUGGAUCCCCUGGCCGGCAGCCUCUCGCUAGGGUUCGCGUGCAUGGCAGUUUGA